GUGCCUGGGCCACAGUUCAGUUACCUGCCACCGUGGUCCGUCAACGGACGUGUCUCGGCAUCUAUCUCCAAUUUCUUUCGUUUUCUCUGCAUUUUUCAUUUCAUUUUUGUUUUUUUUUACCUGUAGUCUCUCAAGAGGGGCUCACCUCUAUUUGAAAAAACGCCAAUAGAGGCCAGUGCUAUAGGAAAACGGACAAAUCUGGCCGUUAUAGUUGUUCCCCUCUGAAAGAAACAGCGUCGGCUUCUUCAUGUCGGACAGUAGGCCAAAGUGAAGUCAGUGGAACGGCUUCGAAAUCAUUUUCGUCUUUUAAAAAGAGAGAGAAAAAGAAAAAAGGAAACAUUCAAAUUUAGGAAAAAACAAAAAAAAACAGUCGAUACUCGUUGACCGAGCAAUUGUGCUAUUCCCCACUACGGUGGUAACUAACGUGAUUGCGCUUCAUUAACAACAGAUUUUGUGUAUGUGUGUGUGAGUGUGUGUGGCUAUUUUGUUGAACUGAACUAUUUCCGAAGAGAAAGAAAAGUUACCGCCGUUUGUGUUUUUUUUUAUGUGCCGUGACUUGCGGGAAUCCCGCACGCGCGCUCACGUCAACCCCCAUCCCUUUUUUCAGUGCUGGUGCAUUCAAAAAAAGAAAAGAAAAGAAAAAUCUUUUUUUGUUUUGUUUUUAAGUGAACCACCGUAUGCCCUGCAUAGCUGAUUAGCAACAACCCAUUUCGACAUAAUCACACCGAAGGAGAAUACACCACCCGAUUGUGUGUCUGUGUGUGUCUGUGUGUGUCUAUGACAAUUGCUACAAGGUCUUUCAACUUAACAAUUUUCUACUUCAAAGAUGGAGAAUCGCAUCGAAGAACUGGAGCGAGAACUGAAAGAGACGGGCGAGCAGUUGGCGCUGACGCGCGAGCAGCUGCGGCUGCAGAGCCGACGCGCGCGCCAGCUGGUGGCCGCUUGUUCAACUAAAGUGGAGGAAAAAGAGCGCGAAAUGCGAAUGCUACGGGUUCUCAAAGACGGCCAGCUUCAGUCCAUCGUCCGCAAAUUGCUCCACUUCGAGAGUCUUUUGCGUCAGGAACAGAAGCGGGUCGUCGAAAUCGUCCGCCAAAAAGAUCAAAUCAUUUGGACGCAAUCGACUGAACUUGACCAACUGAGGCAGGCCAAUCGCAAGCUCCUGAUGGCCGCCAGCCAGGACCCUGACGACUCGUCAUCUGUCUCUAAUCCAGCCGCAUCCAAAAUGGCCAAACUCGAUCCGGAAAACAAGGAAAACGUCGAGCAAAACGAAUCGCAAACGAAGACCAAUCAACAACAACAAAUGGAGACGCCGCUAGUGACGAAAAUGGUCCGCCGAUUCGAGCCCGCACCCUCGACUGUCGCCUCGAAAAAACCCGAAAUCCCAAAGAAACCAGCCCGUCUGUUGGCGGCUGUCGCCCCGACCCCGGCCGUUGCCAUCCAGCAACCCGUGACGGUGAGCAAGGGCGUCGUGCGCACAGACUCCGUCAACGAUCACGGCUACUUCACGUUGGAAAAGAGAAAACCUGUUCGUAUGAGCGUCACGCCGACGCCCGUCCAAGUAACAGAACCCCAGCAAAAUCCGUCUCCCCGCGAUCCGCCCGCAGCCGAUCGCGUCGUGGAUGAAAUGGAUCUGCGACACAAUUUCGAAGAGUUCCAUCUGAUGGACAGUCUGGAAGAAGAGGAGCAGCAACAACAACAGCAGCAGCUCUUGUUCCAACAACAUUCCGAAACGACCAUCAUGACAACGACACCUCCACGGACGCCGGACCGGAGUAGCGGCGACGGCGCCGAGUGGAACAGUAGCAGCGCCAGCAGCGGUGGCAGCAGCAGUUUGCAGCUAACGCCGCCGCACAACGGCAUGGCCGACUGCACAUCGUUGAGCAUUUGCGCCGGGUCGGUGCAAAUCCUGCCGCAACUGGGCGACGCGACGCCGACGUCUGGCGUCCAGUUCGACCGUUUCCUAGACGCCAGCGGUUUGACGCAAAAGUCGAUCCUGACGCCGAGUCGGUUGCUAAGCAACCACAAAAACAUGCUCAAGCCCAAGGACGUGAAACUUCGGCACAUGAUCAACAAAGCCGCUCACGCCCCCAACGCCUUCAACAACUGCCGUUCCAGCGAGUCCCUCCUAUUAUCGGUGGCCGGUGAUUCAGCCCGUUUGCAUCAUCACCACCAUUCCACUAAUCAAGUCCGUUACUAUGUCGAACCAUUCCUAUGAAAAAAAAAAAAAACGAAAAACGAAACCCAAACGAGGAAAAAUCGUAAAAAGAGAGGGGGGACGUCGUGAAACGGCACAAAAUUUUCCGUUAAAAAAAGGGGGGAGCAGAAAAGAAAAAAAGAAGGGGAAUAGCUUUUUGAUGGGCUAAAUCGUUCAUCAUGAAAUUAUUGUAUUUUUUUUUUCUUCUCUUUCGGCUAACAAACAAAAUUUAUUUUUUUUAUUUUUGCUUCUUUUUUUUUGUGCUGUCUGUUUUUCCUGUUUUAUUUUUGUUGCCGCAAAUAACGAGCGGUAGAUGACCAUUUUCGGAGCGGGAAUAUUCGUGAUCUAUCAGAAGGGGGGGAGAGAAAGUGGUGGAUUCAAAUCCGACCUCGACGUUUUUUUUUUAUCUACGACCAAAAAAAAAAAAAUAAUUUUCUUUUGUUCUUUUGUUAACUUUUUCUUUGUUUGUUUCAUUUUUGCGUGAGAUAAAGCAAAACUUUUAAGCGCAAAAAUUGUGACCAAAAAAUAAAACAAAUUGUUUGUAACAGUAGCCGUUCCCCGUCCUUACAGGUCCCACACACACACAAACUAAAAGGGAGGUCCAUCCAGUAAUCUAUCUAAAAAAAAUAAAUAACAAAAAAUAACAAUAAUAAUUCAUGCAACCGCAAAACGAAAUGACAAAAAUAUUUUGAAUGACGUAUUGAUUUUUCGUGCGUGUCUGUGUGAUAUGGCGCCGCCUGGAUAUACCCCUUCGGGAUAUACGGAUCGCAGCUACAGCACAAAGAAAUAUGGAAUCCCAUUUACCAGUCGUCUGUUAUGCUAAUAAAAAAUAAAAAAAAUCUCCCUCCCAUGCGAGUUUCUCGACAUUACGAUCACAACGUUAGAUGGAAAACGUCGUCCUGACUAUAAGAUAUGAUAAUAUUCUCGUCGUCAUCCUCUUGUGUCUCCCGCGCAUCAAAAACAUUAUAUACAUACAAGUGUAUCUGCUGUAUAAGGAAUUUCUCAAAUGUAUUAUUUUUUACGGCUAUUUUCAUCUUUUCCCUCUUGUUUCCCUAUACUCUUCCUUUCCCUUUUUUUUUUCCCCCAAGCAAAAAAACAAAACACAAUAGCUAAGAAAAUGGCGGAUAUCAUAAUUAUUAUUAGAAUAAUCCUUGAAUGUACAGACAACCAAAUAUAUAUCAUAUAUACCAGAA